AUGAAAUUUCGAUGUAGACGAAAGAUUAACGAACCUAGCGGAGUAUCCUUAGUUAGUAAAUUUAAGAAAUUUUUAAGAAUUUUUAAGAACGAGACCCGAGUGGAUAUUGAAAAUUGGACGAUUUAUUUGAUAAUUUUUCAGCAAAUUGGACAACUGGCGUGCACACUAUGCGACCAUUACAUCAUGGGAAACUCGAUCUACGUGAUCAUACUCGGCCUCAUUGGGACCAGAGAGAGAGAGAGAGAGAGGAAAGCGAAAAAAGAAAAAGAAUCGAAUAACAAAUUAAUUCUUCUCUUCCCUUUAGUAGUCCCUUUUGACGUGGAGAGGGAUCUAAAAUUAAUGACUUCGAUUCUGGGAAUAGAGCACUACACUUUAAUCAUGCUUGGUGCAAUUACAGAAUAUCCAAUGUUGCAUACGCCCUGGCUUUUGAUGCAAUUAUGCGUGAUUAUCGUGGAACUCAUAGUAUUCUGCGUGAAAAUGUUUUUGGAUGGACUUCAUGUAAAACGCGAUGAAAUUUUACUGGCUGUUCUGACCGUGCAUAAUUGGCUUCAAGUAUUUUGUUUGUUUCACAGACAAGCUCGACAAUCUCGUUGAACGUACAACGAAAGAAAAGAAUGGAAAUUAA